AUGUUUGUGAGACACGGCGGCCGUAUAAUUACUGUUUUUUAUGAGGGAAAGAGAAAGCGGUAAGGGAUAAGAGCUCGCGCGCCCCAGUUUCGCGCCUCCGUCUCGUCUCGUCUCGUCCCGUCUCGUCGCGGCGCGCGCCUCCACUCCAGGAUGGCCGAGGGCAGCGGCGUCGGCGCGAGCGGGGACAAGCCCGGCGCGGGCGACGCGAGCCACGUGUGCGUGCUGAGCUGGGAGCAGGUGAGGCGCCUGGACCGCGUGCUGGCGGAGACCAUCCCCAUCCACGGCCGCGGCAACUUCCCCACGCUCGAAAUGCGGCCGCGUCAGAUCGUGCGGGCCGUUAGGAGCCGGAUGGAGGAACGGCGGGUGGCGGUGCGCGAGGUGCGCCUCAACGGCUCCGCCGCGAGCCACGUGCUGCACGAGGACAGCGGUAUGGGCUACAAGGACCUGGACCUGAUCUUCUGCGCGGACCUCCGGGGCGAAGCGGAGUUCAAGACGGUGAAGGACCUGGUGCUGGACUGCCUGCUGGACUUCCUGCCCGAGGGGGUCAACAAGGAGAAGAUCACGCCGUUGACCUUAAAGGAGGCGUAUGUGCAGAAGAUGGUGAAGGUUUGCAAUGACACAGACCGGUGGAGCCUCAUCUCGCUUUCCAACAACCGAGGCAAAAACGUAGAGCUCAAGUUUGUGGACUCGCUCCGACGACAGUUUGAAUUCAGCGUGGAUUCAUUCCAAAUCAAGCUAGAUUCGCUGCUCCUCUUCUACGAGUGCUCCGAGAAUCCCAUGUCGGAGACCUUCCACCCCACCAUCAUCGGGGAGAGCGUCUACGGAGACUUCCACGCCGCCCUCGACCACCUGCGCAACAAGGUCAUCUGCACUCGCAACCCUGAGGAGAUCCGAGGUGGUGGCCUUCUCAAGUACUGCCACCUGCUGGUUCGGGGCUUCCGGCCCGCCUCAACAGCCGAGAUGAAGUCUCUGCAGCGCUAUAUGUGCUCACGUUUCUUCAUCGACUUCCCUGACAUCGGCGAGCAGCGCCGCAAGCUCGAGUCUUAUCUGCAGAACCACUUUGUGGGCCUGGAGGAUCGCAAGUACGACUACCUAAUGACGCUGCAUGACGUGGUGAAUGAGAGCACCGUGUGCCUGAUGGGGCACGAACGGCGGCAGACUCUCGGCCUCAUCACUGCGCUGGCCCUGCGCGUUCUCGCUGAGCAGAACGUCAUCCCAAAUGUGGCCAACGUCACCUGCUACUACCAGCCGGCCCCCUACGUGGCUGAUGCGAACUUCAGCAACUACUACAUUGCCCAGGUGCAACCUGUCUUCCCCUGCCAUCAGUACGCCUACUCUACCUGGCUGCCCUGCAACUGAGCAAGCAGCUUCCACUCAGGGGAGAAAAGGCCCUGCAGGUACACCAGAGUCCAGCCGGACAGGGGUUGACAAGUUUUUAGUGGGAACCAGACAUUUCUGUCCACUUUGUGCAAAGACUUCAGAUGUUUGCAUGGUGCGUUCAGUAUGUGGUUCGAAACAGGGCAACACUCAGCUCUGGGAAGGCCCGAGAGAGGCCUGCGUCUGAAGCUCCCGUCCUGCUUUGUGCAGAAAGACCUGCUGGAGACCUGCUUUUGAGCUCCACCAGGCUUCCCACCAGACACCCAGACCAAUCAAUGUCCCAGACUGAUCACGCUGAUGGACAGGUCAAAAGUAGAACCUGGACAGUAGCCUGAUCACAGGCUGAUAUGCAUGGCUUCACGCAUCUGUGAGAAAAAGUAUUAACGCAGGUCAAGGAGACGAAGGGACUGCCGUUUUGGUUAUUAUGUAAACUAUGGCUGAUGUGUGGUUAAGAUUUUCACAUGUGAAGAGGAAUAGUGUGAUAGCGAGGGCAGACUGGACAGAACAUGACAGCAAGAGCGAAUACAACACAGGAAAGCAGGUGGAAUAGACUGCUAAUGCAGCUGAGCUGUCCUGUUUCAAGCUAUCGUAUUCAUAUAAUUUUUUGACAUGCAGAAUUUAGGGUUUGUUUGUGUUGUCAGCUAUAAUGGGCAGAAAAAAUAUUUUCAGUGUUUACAGACCAAAGGUUAAUUUUAAGUACCCAAUGUUUGGACAAAAAUAUUUCUAUAUUUGUGUGUCUGAAGUGCCUAUUGCCUGCUACAAAGAAACAAAUAGCUACUCAUCUAUAUUUGUGAAUAAACCCAAUGUUUUUUUUGUUGUUGGUUUUUUUUUUUUUUUUUUUUUUUAAAUGUAUACUGUAUAUUUGUGGGGCACAAGACUAUGGAGACCUAAAGCAUGUGAAUAUGUCAGGGAAAAUGCUGAAUUUUCCAGUUAAUGUUUGGUGCUUUUGUGUGGCUCACAGUUCGGUCCCUGUGAUGGGAAGUUCGUAUAGCGUGAAGGCCUGCGAGGGCUCUGAUGACAGGAUCUGUCAAGAGCUUAAAUAUUGUCACAAGCAUUUCGUCAUAUGCAACAAGAGGGAGAAACGAGAUGUAAACAGUACAAAGAGGAGGUCAACCUGUCCUACAGUAAACUGUCAACCACAGUUCAUCAGUUCCCUUUGCUGUCCUGCGCAGAUGGAAAAGCUUCUUGCACUUCUCCGUUUCGGUUACCUCAUGAGUGGGAGGGCAGGAAAAGAGAGGAAACUGUCUCCUGUUGUGGCUCAGCACACUGUUUGCUCCAGGGUCCCUAGUUCCUCUGUGGCUUUCACAGCUCUUGAUCAAUUCAGCUUGCAGGCUAACCUCAGCGCUCGGGUAACUGGCCCUGCUUUGACACUUGCCUGCAUUGCCCUGCACACUUUUCUGGAGUGUUGAGAGGGAGUUGUGAAAAGCCACAGCUGAGGGAAGAGCUCAGCUCAGACUUCUGGUUUGGCUAACAGGCAGCAACUUGACUCUGGGCAAGGCUCAUUUCUGAAUUUCCCAAAUGCAUAGUACUUUUUAACCUGCUUUACACUAUAUAUUGUGCCAGGACAUUGGCUCUAGUUGAAAGGGAAGAGAAUUUUAUUUACCAUUUAGGUGCCUUAAAGUAGAGGAGGACUAGGACCUUUCAGAGACACCCUGACUACAGGUAGGCAGUGUGAAGGAGGAUGCAGGUCAGGUGGGCUGUGUGAGUUCAUGGAGGGAUUAAGUGGGCUGUGUAAGGGCAAUGUCAGAGGUCAGGCAAGCUGUCUGUGAUUAGAAUUAUGUCUGCAGUGAAGUUUUGGAUUUCUGCAUCUAGGACUUGAGUUCAGUAGAUGUGACCUUUUUCUCCGUCAGUGGUUUCUACCUACCUCUUCCGCUAUGGUUUCGGCUUGUAGUUUCUUCUCGGUUUUUGCACACAUAGGAGAUAUUUUAUCCCCAUAAACCCUUCUUUUAACCCCGAGGAGGAUGUGCUGUCAAGUAGCAAUGAUAAAAAGAGGUCUCAGUGAUGCAUCUGUCGCUGAUGUUGUCUGUGUCACUUUGUAUUUUUUGCAUCUUAAUUCCGGUACUGAAAGAGUUGUAUGUGUAUUUUUAUAUUUACCCUUUCUGUAAAUACAGUACAUGUAAGUAAUACUGCUUUCACAUCACAUUGCACAUGGUGAAGUCCUCAUCAUUUUUUUGAGGUUAAAACAAUUUAUAGAAAAUAACUUUUUGGGGAUGACGCAUAUUACUUUUUCAGUGUAAGAAAAUAAUAAAUACAAACCACAAUGAAUGUCAGCUUUUGUUACCAAAAUUGUUACUCAUACAUUUUCAAAACUGU